UGGGAUCGGGUGCAGCCGUCGUUCUGGUAUCCCAUGGCGUCGUUGGAGCAGUCGCUCAUGGACAUGGAGGUGAUGACUCGCCGGGUGUUCUCGCCUCGCUUCCCGCCGUUCGCAGCGUUCUCGCCCAGCACGAUGCCGGAGCUGCACUGCGACGACGACGAGUUCUUCAAGGACCUGCCUAUCGGGAAGCCUCAAGAUGGGACGAAGCAUGGAUUGGAGACUGCAACGGCCUCAGAUCUAGCUGGCGACGCGCCUGAGAAGGCGGGGACAGAAGCUGCGCUCGACAAGAAGGAGCCCUCGGCCGGCGCGGAAGGCACAGUGCCGCACCCUUCCUACACGUCGUACUCGUACAGCUGCUCGACGGUGCUGGACCACGGAGGCCACCGCAUCGGCACUGUUCGUCGCCGCUACGAGGACUCGACGGGGCGCCUGAAGGCGACGCACGAGCGCGAGAUCGACGGCAAGAAGCUCAAGCAGAUGUGGCUGCGGUCCAACACGCAGGACGAGGGCGGCCACGAGACGAUCUGCUCGAGCGGCAGCCCCGAGGAGUUCGAGAGGGAGUGGCUGGAGACGCCCUUCGGCCGCGCGGAGGACGAGGAACAGACCAAGUGGCUGGAGGACCGGGAGCGCAGCGUGUACGAGGCCUUCGGCAUCGAGUACAAGCCGGACGAGCCCACGGAGACGCUGCAGCCUGGCCAGGUUCCGGAGCCCGCGACGCCGGAGGAGCGCAAGGUGGUGGAA